GGAGGGCGGGACUAUGCAGAUGAGGCAGGAGGGCGCGGUUUUCCGCAGCCGGUCGUGGACCGUUGGCAGCGGUAGAGACAACAUGACUUCGACCAGCACUUUCCAGGGCUUGGAGAGCCGACCCAGUUCCAGCAGAGUGCUUAAACCACCAGGUGGUGAUUCAAGUAACAUAUUUGGUGUCCCUGAAGAACCAUCCACCAAACCUCACAAAAUGGCAUCUAAUAUUUUUGGGCCACCAGAAGAAAUCUCUUUGCCAAAAAAAUCCAAUCCUCCAGGUGGAAAAGAGAGUGGGAUUUUCACCGAAGUCAGACCUGAUCCUUCACAGUCAAGUACCAUUUCAACCAGUGGGAAAAACAGUGACAUAUUUGGGGAGCCAGCUCAUUCAACUGCAGCUCAUGCUCAUCCAAAUAAACCAAAGGAUACAAACAUAUUCUCAGGGUAUGAUGAAAAUAACAAAUUGAAAGAACAUGGAGAUCAAGUGAGUGAAAAGAAAGAUGAAGAGAAGCAAAUGAAAGAAAAAUCGAAGGAGCUCACGGUGGACGACCAUGAACCUCGUCUGGGUCCACGCCCACGAUCCCAUAACAAGGUCUCUCAACCUCCUGGCGGCAGAUCCACAUUUUCAUUGUUCUAAGGAUGCUCCUUCCUAAUGAAUCCACUCCAGUUUUCUCUUCCAAAAUUCUGUUUGGAACAGAAGUCAAAUUGUGUACAUUUCUAAUGAGUUGUGCCUAGAAUGUUUGCUGAGUAGUGUUUGAAUACACAGCAUUGUUUGCUCUAUGCAAGAAAAGUUAUGUUGAUUUUAAAAAUAGCUGUUCAUUUCAAUCAGAAUUUGAAGUAUUCUAAAUUUUUUUUUUUAAUGUAUCCUCUGCUAAAGUGGUAUUAGUUUAAGUGUAGUAUAAAAGUGUAGAAAAUAAAGCCAUACCAGUUUGUUCAAGUCCAAACAAAGUACUGAUUGCCAACUGCAUUGCACCUUGAUGUACGUCUUCUGCUGCAGAUUGGGUGUUUUUAAACUUUAUGUUGUGUAAGACUAGGUUUAUUACCUGGGAUCAAAACCACCAUUGAGCCUCAUGCACUUGAAUUUUGUGUUGUGCCCCUAUGAGAAAUUAUUUAAGACUGAAAUUUAUUGGUUUCUAUUAUUGAUUACAUAACCUCCAAAUGCAUUUCUUGUGGAUACUUAAUCGCGUAACAAUGUCUUGGUUUUCCAGGAAUGCAAGAUUUUGUAAAAUCUGCAUUGUUAUCUUCUCAAAGGAUUGAUUGGUAUGAACAAGUUGGUUUGUCUCCAAUCUGUUAUGAACAUUGUUAAACACCACUGCAAAUGGUACACUUGCACUGAAAGGUAGUUUAGUUUAAAAUAUUUAUUUUCCUGAAACACUGGGCAAAAACUUCGCCAAAGCCAUUUUAUAAACUUGUUUUUGUUAAAUAUUUAUAAUUAGACAUGAGAUUGUAAAAUAAUGGCUUUCACAUAUACUGAGAUGAACAGUGUGCUGAAAGUUUGUUUUCUCAGUGCAAUCUUGAAGGUACAAAUUCAUUGAAUGAGGUGUAUUUUCUCAGUUCCAUCCAUCCAUCCAAUACUCAGUUUUUCCACAUGCUCCCGAGGCACACUUCUUAAUACAUGGCCUUCAGCUGCAGCAGCAGAGUUCAAAGUACUCUAAUCCUUUUUUUCUAUUUCAAGUUUCUCCCUGAUGUAAAUCAGUUGUUCCUAAUGAGAGAGCUGUUUCUUUGCUUUUUUAUGCAACCAUCUUUAGAUGCAUAUAACUGGAUGGCAAUAGCCAGAAAAAGAUUUACCUCAAUAAAAUCUAUUUUUUUCGGUGUUUGUAAA